CUAUUCACUUUCGAACGUUGUCGGCGGCCAUGAUUUCAACAUAUGUGAAUGUGUGACAAGUCAUGACAUUUUCAUGUGAAAUAAACAAAUUUUCUCGAUGGAAGACUCGUUUUUUGGAUUUGAUACCUCAGCACCGUUGGACGAUGAUGGAGGAGGGCGUAUCGCUGAACCUUCCGAAGAAGAAUAUGAUGCCUUAAAUGACCUAACAUUCGGGUCAGCCAUUAAUGGUGACUGGGAAGAGGUUCACGAGAACCUCGUUCGUUUGGAUGAUGUUAAAGAUGAUAUGCCUAACAACAGCAGCAGUAGUAAUUUAAACAACAGAAAAGCAUCAUCCAAACAAAACAAAAAUGAAGAGGAUUCCGAUCUAGAAAUAAAUCUCUCUGGAAUGAAAUUAGAUGAUGUCGACAUUGCAUUCGAUGACAGCGAAGCCGGCAUCAAUUUAGAUCCUCUCGUUUGGGCUAACCCAGUUGUUGCAUCUCGAUCUGCACAACCAACAUCUAAUAUAAUGGGCAAUAGCAAUGAUAAAAGACAUGCUUUGCUAUAUUCGAAUCCAGAAGCUUUUCUUCGUGAACACUUUCCAACACCGUUCAAUAGCUCUACCAGCGGCGGUCAACAACAACAACAAUCUGUUGUUAAACCAAAUCAACAACAUCAUCCACAACAGCAGCAGCAUCAGCAACAACAGCAACAACAACAAGCAGGACAACAACAGGGCAACAGAGCUCCUCCAUUCGGAAUGCAACCAAACCUUACUCCAAACACCCCAAAAAUCUGCACUCUAGAAGACAUUGAGAGGAGCCUCAUUACUCAGCAACAACAACAGAAGCAACACAAACAGCUUCAGCAACAUCAAAGGCAAGCUGUUCAUGCCAGCCAAAUGAUUGCUUCAACUCCAAAGCCCAAAACACCAACGAUUCCACUCACUCAACCAUCACAGCAACACCAUCAACCACCACCCCCGCAACAGCCGCCACACCUAACAAACCAUCACCCACACCAACAACAACAACAGCAGCAGCAACAACAACAGCACCAUCAUCAGCAACAACAGCAGCAGCAAUUCAAGUUUCCCUUUCCAAACGCAGCCGGUCCACCUCCAGGCUUCAAUGGUCCUCGACCAAAUUUCAACAAUUUGCCACCCCAACAUCCACUUAAUAACCUCAUCCAUCAGGGUGGACAACCCAACCACCACAGAGGACAGUUACCCCCAGGAUUUCCAGCAGUACCGCUCUUUCCUCCAGGAAUGCCAGGGCCCCAUCAACUUCCCAACUAUCCACCACGUCCUAUGCCGAAUCUGCCCAUUGCUCUCAACAACUUUGCAAUGCAUCCCAAUUUCAAUGCAAUGCGCCCUGGUGCCCCUCCCAUGGUGCCGCCCAGAAUGCCGCCACAUCCAAGUUUGAUGAACCCAACCGUCGGAUCGGCAUCUGCCUACAAUAUGUUCAAUCAGCGUCUGGUGCAGGAGAUUCAACAAAAUCAUCCAAUGCUCUCGAAUGUGCGUCAUAGCUUCACCGCGCCCAACAACAGCAUGAACAACAUGAACCCGCAUCAACAGUUGCAGCAACAACAACACCAACAACAAAUGCAGCAGCACAAUCGCCUUGAACGCAAACACAGUAGCAACAGUACCAGCAGCAACAGUCAUCACCAGAAUAGCGGCAGUGGAGGAGGAUUGCGUUCGAACGGCAACCUGCCCGAUGAAUAUGACGAAUACGCUAAUCUGAUGAGUACUCGGGACAAACACUGGUUGAUAAGCAUUCAGCUGACGCAGCUGAACACUGACACACCAUACAUAGACGAUUACUAUUACACGGUGUUUAGGCAGCGCAAGGCAGAGUUGAAUGGUGACUCUGGUCAGAGCAAGACCCACAAGGACAACCAACUCAAUCAUCCACUUACACAGCCGAAGGGUCAUGCACAGUUGAUACUGGUGUCAUUGGGAAAUAAAAAUGGCACGAACAAUCGUAACGGACAGAAUAAUCGUGAACGUAGGAAUUCAGAGACGAAGAACGAUCAAGAUCAGCAGCGGAAGUAUGUCUUUACUCCUUUGAAGUUUGAGAAUUCUUUGGGUAAACUGCAAUAUGGCAGUGUCACAGCUCCAAGAAAGAUCAUAGACAUGGACAUUAUGGGUCCAGAAGGUAGCCCACAGUUGAGCACGAACAUUGAGCUAUCGGCCCAGAGGAAGUCGCGUCACAUUUUGCUGCACAUUGAAACGCUCUACAGGAUUGUUUUAAAGUUAGAGGAUCUUGAUAAUCCAGCUGCCAUUGCAACCAUUAUUAUGAAGAAAAAGAAAGAAAGCGAACGCCUUGCACUAUUGGAACAAAUUGAAAAUGCAAACAAAGUGUCAACUGGCGAUGAUAAAUCAGCCGACACCACUGCGGCCGCAAUAAAUCCAGCUUUGAGGAAUAAAUUUUCCUACGAGUUGGAACCGAAAGAUGUACUUUUAGGAAAAUUAGUUGCUGGUUUAGCAUUGGAUAAGGUUGUUGCAAUGAUGAGUGUUCGUAAGGGAAAGGCAUUAGUUCGUCGUUUAAUGAAACAUAUUGAAGAUAAUCCCAUUCGUUGGACUGUUUGGAUAGGUGUUUUUGCUUCAUUGCAAAAUGUUCUCAAAAAAGAUCGAGAGGAUACCGAUGGUGUUUUAUAUGCACUCUAUCCAGAAUUUAAGAGACAAAUUCGAACGGCUGAUUUUGAAAUUGUUAUCAAGCUGUCGAAUGCCAUGCCAAUGAGCGAAAAGAAAUCGAAUAGCUUGUUUUCGAGCAAGUUUGGAAUUUCAUCUCUGGUCUGCCUUAUACUGCAAGCUGAACUCAUCUAUGUCUUAGAUUCAGAUGAAACACUCAAUAAUGAAAAUCGAGAUUCUUGGAGAAUAUUCUUAGACUCGGUAGCAACAUCUUUAAAUCGAACAAUACAAAAUCAAACUGUUUGCGCCGCCAUUGAAUCGGAUUCAAUACAACCGAUGAUGAAUCAUUUUGCUCGAUUCAAAGAUCUACAAUUAGAUUCUUUAUUAGCAUUAAUAUCUCAAGCUAAAGAGCAAAUUAAUUAAUUAAAUA